AUGGAGAAAUAUGUAACCGUCGUUUCGGUCGAUGAUCAGGUACCGGGUGCCUCGGUGGGCUCGCCAGUGGAGCCUGACCAACCGGACCCGAGGAUGGAUCUGCAUCUGGAGCUCACCCCCCACCGGCCACUGGUUGAGCAGGUUGGGCCGGACCAGGAAGACUCACAGUUCGUGACCGUGCUGUCGAUAAACCACGGCGAAGGUCGGUCACCGGACGACACCCCAAGCGCACCGGAAGUGGUGCUGGUGUACCGGUUACCGGGCGAGCGGCUCGGGUUCGGGCUCAAGUUCCAGGGUGGCAACCGGAGCAACGAGAAGAUCCAGCGCCUGUUCAUUCAGUCCUGCGCGGAGAACAGCCCAGCAUCGCGGGUCCUCGCCAGCUGGGGCCACCUCCGGGAGGGCGACGAGAUCCUGGAGAUCGACGGGGUCAGCGUGACGCGCAUGACGCGAAUCGAGUGUGUUAAGUGCCUCAAGGACAGCAACGUGGCGAUCAAACUGUUGGUGCGGAACGGCGAGGGCCGGGUACAGAACUUCUAUCCCGAAACCGGCCAGCCGAUGAUGGCGAUGUCCGGCGGCAGUCGGGAGAAUGUGGGAGAAAUCCCCGAACGGAAGAGUGGACCUCCGCCACCACCGCCGGUUCCACCGCGGAAACUCAACAAACGCAAACUGACUCCGGUGGAACCGCAGUCAGCGGAAGUGGCCCCGAAACAGCCGACCCCUCCGACAGUUCAGGAGUUACCACCGAUGGUGGCCCCUCCACCGCCGGACGCCGAGUCGUACAGUAAUCUGUUUGCGGACGAUAUCAGCGACCUAAUCUCGGAGUCGGACGAUACGGCCAGCACCAUCUCGACGGUGGUGGACAAGUUCUCGAUCUGCUCGAGCCUGUCGUCCGAGGACUACACGAUUCCGUCGAACGGACCGAUGGGCAUCGGCAGCCAGAGCCUGGAGCUGGCGAAAGCCCUCAAACCGUUCACGCUGCUCGAACAGGAGUUCAACCUGGAGAGCAAGUUCGAGCCGACCAAUCUGUUCACGUUCAAGCCACCGGCGGCCCCCACUUCCAACGUGGUCCAGCUCGCGGUCCAGGGUGACACGGAGUACGAGAACGUCAGCGUGAUGAAGGUGGACGAAAACCGGAACUACGAGAAUGUGACGGUUCCGUACGGACCGUUCGAGAAUGUGACGAUCCAGACGGUGCAGCCGUACGAGACGAUGGUUCUGGCCCGGACUGCCAACCGACGGCGGAUCAGUGUCGAGGAGCCGGAACCGUCACCUGUCCAUUACGAAAACGUCGAUUUGAAGACUUCCGCCGUUCCGCCGCGACCCUUGCCACGCCAGGCAGCCAUCGUUGAGCCGAAAAAGCGGGCCCCUAUCCCAGUUCCGAUUCCGAUCGUGGUUCCUCCGCCGCGGCUCAAACACACGUCGGGCGGCCAGCCUCAACCGCUCGGGGCGGAGUACAACACGGUCCAGAGCUGGCUGCAGGAUGCGACCGAAGUGAUCCACGAGUGCGCCCUGGUCCCUGGCGAUGGUCCGGUGGUGGAGGAGAAACCGAAGCCGCUACCCGAUGGCACCGACGAUCUGCCGCGGUUGAUUGACUUCCACCCGAAGGUGUCCGUUGCGCCGAAAGAAGCCGUGGUGGCCCCGCCAACGUCUCCCACCACCAGGGUGCGGUACAACGGCGAGCCGGACAUGCUCGUGGCACCGGAAACGAUCGUGCGGAAGUGUAUCAAAAUCAUCGCGAGCGAGGAUCAUACGUACAUCGAGAGCAGCUCGAGCGACGAGGACGACGAGAAGAUGUACUGCAUGGGCCGGUCGGAGGAUGACGACGAUCGGAGCAGCGUGCUGUCGCGGGAAACUACCACGACCCCGGAGCAGUUCCUGAGCGGCGACGGCUACAGUGACGAGGAUGGCGAAAAGCUCGGCCCGCCGGAAAUCGUGUCCGGUGGCCCAUCCGAGGCGUACUUCAACUUCCCGUGGAGCUCCAAUCUGCUGCCUCCGAUCGGCGAGGUGGAGGAAGAGUUUUCUUCGCUCGAGCAUCAGCAGCAUCAACCGAUAGUUAUAAUCGACACGGCCGACGAAACUGUUAUCACCGAUACCAACAACAACCAGCAGCGGCGCGAACGGAAGAAACCGAUCGGUGACGAAUCACCCCAGAAACCGCCAAAAGCCGGCGGACCGUCGGCGAACAUAGUCAUCGGAAUGGCGACGCUGGCUGCCGAGGAAAACGAUCCGGAGGCGGACCAACCGGAUGCCGGCGUGAACGCGCCCGUGGACUCAUCGUUGACCAUCGAUCAAGACGUGGGUGCACCCGAAACAGAUAAUCUGCAGCGGCAGCAGCAGCAGCAGCAUCAGGAAGUGUCAGACCCCGAACCGCCGGCGGCGGCGGUGGACGAAGAUGAGUUGGUAAACAAUGUUCACACGGCUGAUAAGCCGGAUCAGCCCGUCGUCGACAAUGGCGGUCCGUCUGCGCCGCCGGGCACCUGUCAGCAAGAUGUUAGUGACAUGGCAAACGACGGCCCCGAUGGCCGUGCCGUGCCGGUGGAGCACCCGCAGCAUCCGCCCGAAGCGCCCGGACCCGCCCCGGCCGAAAGUGUUGGACCGAUUGACAACCGAAGUGCGACGGCUGAUAGGAACAGGCCAGGUGACGUACCCGAAGCGACCGCGGCACUCCCGGACGACGCUGAUGGUGGCGAGUCCGAACGAACGGCGGAAGGACGGAAGCUGCAAGACGACGACGGCGGCGAGGACGCCGAUAGCAAUAUCGAUGCGAUUGUUGGUGACGUAGACAUCGUCGAAGGCGAUACAGUUGAGAGUGACUUCGAGGAGCUGGUCAAAGCGCAGAUCGAACCGGUCGACGUCGAGGACAGUUCGGAGCAGAUACAACAGAUUCAUGAGCGAAUCAUUGUUGGCAUUGAGCGCGCUGUUAGUGAACAAGUUAGUGAAGCUGCUGAUGUUGCCCCGGUGCCGUUAUCGCCGGACGCCGGUGACAAAGACAAUGAGUGGUCGGAAGUGACACAGGGACAGCUGGACCAACCGAAGCGGGACUUUGGUGAUGUUCCUGUAGCGGCAGACUCGGAAGUGGCGGAUAAAGCCCAGGAUACAGCUGAACAAGGCUGA